GCGCAGUUGCAAGGAUGGCUGGUAAUCAUUGGAGGGCUGGUGGCAGGGGGCGGAGAGCGCCUGUGUCUGGUUUUGGGCGGGAAUUGAAACCGACGCUGCGGCCAACAAGAACUUGAAAGCUGCGAAUUUUCUGCAUUGGAGGAGGCCAUGGUGCGGCCUGUGAGGCAUAAGAAACCAGUCAAUUAUUCACAGUUUGAGAAUUCUGACAGCGAUGAUGACUUUGUUUCUGCAACUGCACCUUUAAAUAAGAAACCCAGAACAACACCAAAGGAGUUAAAACUAGAAACAAGGAAACCUAAACUGAAGAAUCUCCAGAAAGAAGAUAUCUCACUACAAGAGAAAACCCCUAAAAAAAGGAUGGCUUUAGAUGACAAGCUCUACCAGCGAGACUUAGAAGUCGCACUAGCUUUAUCAGUGAAGGAACUUUCAACAGUCACCAUUGAUGUGGAAGAGGCUCAAGAUAAAAGCACUGAAAAAUGUGGCAGCAGCGAAACCGGAACAACGAAUAAGGCUCCCCAUAUCUCCAAUUGCAGUGUAGCCAGUGAUUAUUUAGAUUUGGAUAAGAUUACCGAGGAAGAUGAUUUUCACAGUGCUCAAGGGAAAAGAAAAGCAGCAUCAAAAGCUGUGGUACAACAGAGGAAGAUUCUUUUGGACGGUAGUGAUGGUGAUAGUGCUAAUGACUCUGAACCAGACUCUGCAACUGAUGAAGAGUCUGAGGAUGACUCUGAUUUUAAUGAGAGUGAAGACAAUGAUGAAGGCUUCACUAAGGGAAAAAAUAAAGUGAAAGAAAUUAAGAAGAAAGAAGUGAGGCUAAAAUCCCCAGUUGAAAAGAAGGAGAAGAAACCUAAAUCCAAAUGUGAUACUUUGGUGACUUCAGGAGACUCUGUUCCAGCUGCUGUGAAAUCAGAAUCUCAGCCUUCACCAAAAAAGGUUUCUCUUUCUUCAGAGGCCACUAGGAAAUCAUUACAAAUAUGCAGCCCUUCAGCUGAAAGCAGAAAAUCUAAGUGGAUCCCCCCAGAAGUUGAUCUUUGUUAAGAGAUUUCAAACACCGCCAGCAGCAAGUGCUAUGCUUUCUUUCAGCGGUAUCUGGAAGCAGCGGCAGUAGCAGGAGGAGGAGCCCCCCGGCAGGGGUGUCUGUUAAGUCUCCCAAUCGGAGUCUCCGCCUUGGCUUGUCCAGAUUAGCGCGAGUUAAACCUUUACAUCCAAGCGCCGCUAGCAGCUGAGUGUGGUGGUAAACAAAUGUUUAAGAGAAUUAGAGUUUUACAAGUGUGUUUAUAUUUGAAGUGUGUUUCUAUAUAAGGAGGGCAUCAUAAUAUAAAGGAAUCCUUUAAGGUCAUGUGAAUUGCCUCUACCUAUUUUGUGAUGAUGUUCUCUGAAGCUAUUCAAGACUUCAAGAAAAGGAUUGUUUAUAAGAAUUAUUUUGUGAUGUCAUUUCCUUCUGAAGAACGUGUUCUCUUUUUCCUGUGUGUAAUAAGUCGUCGUUAAGUGGUUGUCUGUUUGACAAGGAGAAGUCCACGUUGCAUACUGUUCUAAGAAGAUGAUUUCGCUUUCCAGCUUUGUCUAAUUUAUGGCACCUUAACUUUCACUGUUGAGAGGUUAUAUGGCAAAAGGAAACAUGCCCGUUUUUUCCAGGAGACAUUUCUGAAAUCUUAACUUAGGUUGCAUUGUCAGUUUUACUGCAAAGAUGUUUCAUAUUUUAGCCAAAUAUUUUUAUAGUAGGAAUUCACAAUUAUUUUACACAUUAAAAUGGUUGCUAUAAUAUGGCAUAUGUCUCCUACUCAGAAGUAGAUGUUUAUUAUAUAGCAAAUAGAAUUUCAUGAGAUUUUAUGAAGCUCUCAUUGCCAAAACCUUUAAUGAAAGUGGAAGAGUCUUGAUAUGCUCUUUUCCUUCAUACCAUUGCAUCCAUCUAUUUCUGAUUGUCUCCAUUUCACGAUUAAAUGAAUGUUUUGCAAAAAAAAAAAAAUA